GUUGACACUCAGCUGUGUCAGAGGAGCACUUCAGCUGGAUAGUCCACAGAAACUGCAGGCUUAUCUCCUCUUUUACAUUGAUUAUAAACUAAAUAUUGCAUUACUACUAUAAACUUAGGCUCCGAACUCCUCCACAGCGAUCCCCAACAUGAACGACCUCCUCAACUUCAUCCUAUCGCAGGAUGCAUUCCGAAAGAAUCGACUCCCAUCCCUCUACUCCGAUUUCGCCAUACACCGCAAAACCAACCCCGAUGGAUAUGCCGUCAACGUAGCAGCAUGGGAACAAGCCUUAACAAAAGCUGCAAAAUACGGCUAUAUUUCCUCCUCACACGGAGAAGUUUCGACGCCCUCCAAGAGAGCGAACCGGAAAAGCGAUCAUUUGAUUCUCCACGCAGAUAGGUCGCUUCUGCGGGAUCUGGAGAUCCCGGAAUGGGGGCAGCCGGUGGCGCUUGGUGCUGUAUUGGAGGAGGCGUUUCAGAACCGCACGAUUGUUCCGUUACAAGUGUAUAAGGUUAAUCCUGCGAGUUUGCAGAAACCGCAGUGGCGGCUUAUCGAUCCCGGUGUUUUGAACCCGUUGAAUGUGAUGAGUUGGGGUUUGAAGCAGUUGAAGGGUUUUGUUGUGGGGACAGAUGAGUCUUCCCCGGGCUUACAGGCUCAGGAGUGGGUUUUGGUGGAGAAUCUUAAGGAAGCUGCCGGGGGCAUAGUAAAACAGGUCAUGGAGCGGAGCUCAUCGAAUACUGACCUUGUUUAUUCGAAAGAGAGCUUUGUGAACGAAUUCGGAACGAUUCUGAACCAUGAAAGCGAGCUGUCGGAAGCUGACUUUGAUGUUCUAUUGCUGUAUUUAUCCCGCGAUAGCAGGGCCAUUGCAUAUGAUGGCAAGACCAUCAAAUUCCGACCCUCGAAUGACGCCCCGAGGGAAAUCACCCAGCAGGAUAGUACCGUCGCCUCUAUUAAAACGCUCGUCGCAACCAUGACAAAACAAGUGGAGACUUUGGAGAAGAAGAUUUCCGAAUUGAACACGACUGCGAAGACAGCUCUGCACAACCAGAAUAGGAUAUCUGCACUUUCGGCAGUGCGGUCUAAGAAGCUGGCCGAACGUAACUUGCAACAGAGACUUGAUACCCUGGCGCAGCUAGAGGAGGUCUAUUCAAAGAUCGAACAAGCCGCAAGCCACAUUGAAUACGUGCAGGUAAUGGACGCAAGCGCCGGUGUUCUCCGCGGCCUUAAUACACAGAUCGGAGGUGCCGCCAAGGUUGAAGAUGUGGUUGAUGAAUUGCGCGAGGAAAUGUCCAAGGUGGACGAAAUUGGAAAUAUAAUGAAUGAGGCUGGCCCCCAGAUCGAUGAGUCUGAGAUUGACGAGGAACUUGAAGAGUUAGAGAGCAAGGAGCAAGAGGCUAGGGAGGCGGAGGAGGCAGAGGAGACUCGUCGGAAGCUCGCCGAACUCGAUGAUCUCGAACAAAAGGCCAAAGAAGUCGCACGCACCGCUGCCUCGGAGCAAAGUGUGGAUUCAGAAUUAGAAGAGAGGCUGUCACGGAUGUCCGUGGAGGAGACAACCGGUACCGCGACGUAAUAAGGUAUAAAGCACCACUCUUGGCAAGUUAUGUUUGGCCAGAGUAUAUUUACAUUGGCAGUGAAAAGGAAAGCGCAUGGAAAAUAGACCGAUUAUCCGGGGAGUACAUGGGGUCCUUCACUAUUACCGGAGUUCUGCGCUUCUUGAGCCUUGGGGAAGUCGGUAUCCGUCAGAUCUACGAUGGGCUGAGCCACUUGUACAUUCGUUGGAACUGUGGCCUCCGCUGACUGCCCAACCGUGGGCACCUCUGACGAUUCAGCCGGAGCUGCAGAUGGAAUUGUCGAUCGGACUACAGCCUCGCUUCGUUUUCGCGCAUUAGCAAUUAAUUGCUUGAAGUCAUUUUCAUGGCUCGUUGACCAUGCGGUGGCAU